UACACCAAGAUGGCGGCGCCCAGCGAGGCAGAAGAGGAGGCUGCGGUUUAUCUGGUCGUGAGCGGUAUCCCCUCAGAGUUGCGAUCGGCUCAGCUAAGGAACUAUUUUAGCCAGUUCCGGGAACAGCGCAGCGGGGGUUUCCUCUGUUUCCACUACCGGCAUCGGCCGGAGCGGGUUCCUCAGGCCGGUACCGACUCUGGCGCUGAGAAUCAAGUUUUCGCCCAGACUGCGGCCACCGAUCCCCGCGCUGUUUCCACGCGGGACUCCGUUCGGGUCCAGACCCACACCCGCUGUUGCGUCGUCUCUGUUCGGGGGUUGGCUCAAGCCCAGAAGUUUCUUCGCAUGUACGCCGGCCGCCGGUGGCUGGAUUCUCAGGGCACUUGGCUCCCGGGUCGCUGUCUCAUCCGCAGACUUAGGCUACCCACUGAGACAACAGGUUUGGACUCCUUUCCCUUUAAGACACGGAAGGAGCUGCAGAGUUGGAAGUCUGAGAAUGAAGCCUUCACCCUGGCCGACCUACAGCGGCUGCCAGAGCUGAACCCACCAGUACUGAUGCCCAAUGGGAAUGUGGGGACUCCCCUGCGGGUCUUUUUGGACCUGAUCCGAGCCUGCCGUCUUCCCCCUCGAAUCAUCACCCAGCUGCAGCUGCAGUUCCCUAAGACAGGUUCCUCUCGGCGCUACGGCAAUGUGCCCUUCCAGUACGAGGACUCAGAGACUGUGGAGCAGGAGGAGUAUGUGUACACAGCGGAGGGCGAGGAAAUACCCCAGGGAACCUGCCUGGUAGAUCCGCCUGACCAUGAAGAGCCCGAGGAGGAAGGGGAGAAGGAAGAGGAGGAGUCCCACUCAGGUGAUGAUGAUGACCGUGGUGAGGAGUGGGAGCGGCAUGAGGCAUUGCAUGAAGAUGUGACAGGGCAGGAGCGGACCACCGAGCGGCUCUUCGAGGAGGAGAUCGAGCUUAAGUGGGAGAAGGGCGGCUCUGGCCUGGUGUUCUACACGGAUGCCCAGUUCUGGCAGGAGGAAGAAGGAGACUUUGAUGAGCAGACAGCUGAUGACUGGGACGUGGACAUGAGUGUGUACUACGACAGAGAUGGUGGAGACAAAGAUGCCCGAGACUCGGUCCAAAUGCGUCUGGAACAGAGGCUCCGUGAUGGCCAGGAAGACGGCUCCGUGAUUGAACGCCAGGUGGGCACCUUUGAGCGCUACACUAAGGGCAUUGGCCGGAAGGUGAUGGAGCGGCAGGGCUGGGCUGAGGGCCAGGGCCUGGGCAGCAGGUGCUCAGGGUUGCCUGAGGCCCUGGACAGUGAUGGCCAGCACCCCAGAUGCAAGCGUGGAUUGGGGUACCAUGGAGAGAAGCUGCAGCCAUUUGGGCCACAGAAGAGGCCCCGCGGAACUGGCUUGGGGCUCAUCUCCACCAUCUACGACGAACCCCUACCCCAGGAUCAGGGGGAGUCACUCCUCCGUCGCCAGCCGCCCACCAGCAUGAAGUUUCGGACAGACAGGACCUUUGUGAGGGGCUCCAGUUGGUCCUCAGCUCACCCCUCAGAACCUGAGUGAGGCCGGGGUUGCCCCGGCCAGGAGCGCACACAGCGGCGGGACGCGGGCGGAGGCCAGGCCUUGCCCCUCGCUGAAGCAGAAGUGACUGGGCGCGGCAGUCCGAUGGCGUAGUUCUGAGCUGCCUAUCGGUUCUCUACCUCAUUUUUACAAAAGGCCCCUUUCCUUGGAUGGAAGGGCUUGCUGGCCGCUCCGUAGUCCCGGUUUGGGCUUGCCCUGUACUCGAAAAGCUGCACUGCCUGGGAUCAGGAGGCUUCCUCGGCGUCCGGAGGAGGUCGCUGGGGAAGCCGGAGCGGGGGAAGCAUCGGAAGAAGAGAUAUUUGUGGCGCUGGUAAGAGAAGAUCGUGGUGGGGGGGGGGCUCCACCGCUUUCACCCUCACUGGGUCCGGAGGUGACCCGAGGUCUGCAGCGCAAUGACAGAAUAAAAACAUUUAUGGCUA